AUGGCGGCGGCGCGACAUAAUGGCGGCUAUGCUAAAGUGCAUGGCAACAGUUGCUAUGAGCUUGUUCCCGCAAGAGCAACCUGGCAAUACGCUGAGCAGAACUUUCGACAUAAAGGAGGUCAUUUAGUACACGUGUCCACCCCAGACGACGAAAACUUUGUCAUGCAGUUUUUUUCGAGUCAUAACUACAAAAUAGCUGUGUGGACAGAACUUAAUGACAUCAACCAUGAGGAGAAUUUUUGGUGGUCGUCAGGGGACAAGUUUGUGUAUGCAAAAUGGAUGCCAGGAAGGAAGAGUAACUUUCAGCAUCACAAUUAUGAAGAUUAUGUAGUCCUGGUUCCAUACCUGCAUGCUGGUUUCCUGCAGACAUACGGCCAAUGGGAUGACGUUAAUUGCAAGCAGAUGUAUCCAUGGAUAUGUGAAUACGGUACAGAUUUUAUUUAA